GCCUUUUUAUUGGUGCUUUUGGGCUUCCGUACAUAUAUCAAGAGGACGGAAGCGUUGGGUAACAAAACGUAAGCGUAAGCUGCUUCAUGAGACAUCCUUCUACGGUCAUGAGGUAAAGACACCAUCAACAAUGACGGCUUGUGCAGACCACCGCUCCAUCUUUGGCUUGUGCCCAGAUGAUGAGGCUUUGAUGGGGCUGAGAGAAGUGAACCCCGUCCAGAAACACAGAGAAGACACUGACGGGCUGGAAGAUAAAAGCCCAGAGGAUGACAGACAGCGGGAGCGCAGCCUGGUUAAAGAGGUGUCGGACAAGAUGGUCUGCUCAGCUUGCAGAUGCCCCUUCAUUAGCCGUGAGGAACAGAUGGAGCACUACAAGCUCGACUGGCAUCGCUUCAACUUGAGACAAAAGAUGGCAGGAAUGCCACCAGUCACAGCAGAGGAGUUUGAGAAGAAGACCGGAGCUGGAGAUAUGUCAAGUAUCUCAGGGUCAGAGUCCGACUCAGAGGAGUCAGAUAGUGACGAUGGGGGAACAAGCAGUAAUGUCACUGGCACAGAUAAUGAGAGCUCAGUUGAAACCAGUUUAAUUACUGGCCGGCCCUCCAGCAAGGUGGUUUUCCAGAACUCAGCAGGAGAGUAUCUAUCAGUCUACCGCUGUAUUCUCCAGGGAAAGUCAGAUGGAGAGCAAGAUGUGGAAUCCUGCCUCAAGACCAUAAGUAAGAAGACUUUGUGGAUCAUUCUCAUGACAGGUGGUGGCCACUUUGCUGGCGCUGUUUUUCAAGGAAAAGAAGUCCUUCAGCACAAGACUUUCCACCGUUACACUGUUCGUGCAAAGCGAGGCACCGCUCAAGGACUCCGAGAUUCUCAAAACCGCAGUCACGCACCAAAGUCUGCCGGAGCUGCUCUGAGGCGACACAAUGAGGCAGCGCUAGUCAAGGACAUUCAGGAUCUUCUAUUAAGUUGGGUUGAACACUUGAGGGAGGCCUCUGCAAUAUUUGUACGAGCCCCAAGCUACAAUAAAACCAUCUUUUUUGGUGGUCGCACGGCUCCACUGGACAAAAAAGAUCCCAGGAUACGUACACUUCCCUUUGCCACACGCAGGGCAACCUUCCGAGAGGUACAGCGGGUGCAUGAGGUGCUUUCCACCGUUCAGAUUUAUGGGAAAGACACAGACAUGUCAGCAGUCUGCAGUACAUCUAAGAAGGCAUGGAAAAAAACAGUCAAACCUACAGCACAAAUAAACACCGAUCAAGAGAAAGCAGAAGAUCACCAUGAUAGUGCAGAUAUGGAGGAGGAAGGUGAGAUCCAGCUGGAGAUGGUGGAGCUGACAUUAGGAACCCUGGACCUCAGGGAGUCUGAAAUCCAACCCUCCAGACACAGGAGGAGGAGGAGAAAAAAGAAGGGGGAAACUAAAAAGGAAACUCAAGACUUGAGUAACACAGAAGCAGACGAUCAAGAUGAGGAAGCACCAGAAGCUACACCAGCAGAAGAAACCCCUCAGGAGACGCAGUCAAAGAACAAGAGGCGGAGAAAAGCACAGAGUAAGAAACAACUGGAAGAAACUGUGGAUGAUUCAUGGGAGUAUGGCGUAAGGGAUACGCUCUUUACAGCCUGCAAGGUUGGGGAUGUGGACACUCUGUGUAGACUCCUCCAUCUAUCUGAAGAAACUCAAGAGCUGUCGGAAAACAACACCUCUGAUGCCCCAAGUCCUCUUACUCUCCUUAAUAAGCCCAUAGACUCGUCAGGGUUCACUUUGCUGCAUGUUGCCUCAGCAGCUGCACAAAAGGCAGUAAUCAGGUUGCUCCUGGACGCAGGAGCAGACCCAGCCUUCAGGGAUAAAAAAGGGCAGACCCCAUAUAUCGUUGGCCCUGACAAAGACACCAGGAACGUUUUUCGUAAAUACAUGGGCGAGAAUCCUGAUAGAUAUGACUACAAUAAGGCACAGGUCCCUGGACCACUAACAGCAGAGAUCGAAUCUAAAAAGACAGAGAAGAAAAAGGCUCAGAAGGCAUUGAAAAAACAGCGAGAAAAAGAGCAGAAGGAGGAGAAGAAGAAACAAGAGUUGGAGGCAGAGGAAAAGAAGAGGUUUGCAUCUCUCACUGAACGCGAAAAGAGAGCUUUGGCGGCAGAGAGGAGGUUAGCGGAACAAGUAGCUGCAACAGGAGUCAACCUCUCUAACAUCAAGAGGUGCUGGCUAUGUGGGGAUUCUCUGCUUGGGAAGGUCCCAUUUCAGUACCUAGAUUAUUCGUUCUGCACCACCAAAUGUGUCCAAGCACAUCGAAAAGCCAGUGCUCCUCCAGGCAAGACCUAACACCCACAUGGAAAAUUUUAGUCUUCAGGAAGCUACUUCUAACAUGACUCUAAUAUGACUGUGAUUUGCCAAUAUGCUCGUGUCAUUUUCCACCCUGAACAUACAUUUCAGAUUUUACUAUGGCAGAUGUUCUUAGAUAUUUUAAUUCAAACACAGUGUUCACUGGAUACAAAUACUGUAUCAAAACAAUCAAAUGUAUAAUUUAUUCAAAGAAUCUGCAAUUCAAAGGUCAAGUAAAAAAGCAAAUGCAAUAAAAAAAAAGAACUGAAA